AUCGAAGUUCGAUUACAAGUGAAUUAUUUUGAUUUUUGAUUGAUUGAUUUAUGUUUGCAAGACUAAAUAAAUUCGUCUUUCUUUCCAUCUUUUUUCCAAAUUGUGAAUUUCUUUCUAUAUAUUUUUGCCCGAAAUUUGAUUUUAAGUGAAUUGUUUUGAUUUUUAACACCAAAACAAAUUUUCUUUUUUUUUCUUCUAAAUAUAAUUAAAAUUAUCAAAAAAUGGAAUUCGAAAGCAUUCUGAAAGAAGCCGGUGAGUUUGGCAAAUAUCAGAAAUCGUUACUAUUAAAAUUUAUGGUGCCAACGACAUUCGCUUCGGCAUUUUACGUUCUGAAUGUGAUUUUUAUGGUGGCUACUCCCGAUCAUUGGUGUUAUGUUCCUCAACUUGCUUCCCUGAAUUUAUCUGAAUAUGAAAUUAAGAGGAUUGCAAUUCCAAAACUGAAUGAUGGAACCUUUGCGAAAUGCUCCAUGUAUGCCCUGAACUAUACAGCCCUGGUCUCAGAAUAUAAAUCUAAUGGCAAAUUUCCAGAGUUCAAAAUAAAUGGAAAAAUUAUUCCUAAAAGACCUGAAAGUAAAUGUACUUAUCGAUGGGUGUAUCAGAAAGAUUGGUAUGAAGAAACCAUAGUUUCGAAGUGGGACCUAGUGUGCGACAGAAAUUACCUACCAAGUUUGGUACUAACCUUAGCUAACGCUGGAAGUGUUAUUGGAACUUUUUGCUUUUCCACAAUGGCAGACAAGCAAGGUCGUAAAAAUGCGUUUUUGGCUAAUCUGUACGUGGCGUUGUUAUCUGGAGUUCUUUCAAUUUUCUCGCCAACCUUUGCAGUAUUUGCUGUUCUUCGAGCUCUGACAGGAUCAACAGUACCUUCAAAUUUCCAGAUACCAUACAUAAUUACUGUCGAGCAAGUAGGGUCGAAGCAGCGAGCCUGGUUGGUAUGCAUCUCAUGGACUUUGUGGACUUUGGGAGCCUGCUGUCUGGCUCUGGUGGCCUACGUGACCAGGCACUGGAGUACUCUAGGAUUGGUUACGACACUCCCCAUAGCUGCCUUCUUUGUUUACAAAAGCUUCUUGAAGCCAUCUCCGAGAUAUCUAAUGGCCCAAGGGCGUUUCGAAGAAGCCGCUGAAGUCAUAAAAACUAUUGCUGAAUGCAAUGGAUGCAAGACUCCGAAAUCUCUUCUUUCUAGACUUCAGGAAAUUGCUGAAAAGGAUAAACCGCAAAAUGAAAAUGAUAGAGAAGUCUCUGCUAUCACUUUUUUCAAAUAUCCUCAACUUAGAAAGAAAUUGUUAAUAGUCACUCUGAACUGGUCUGCGAUUGCAGUUGCAUAUUUUGGAUUGACAUUGAAUGCUACAAAUUUAGGGAAGAAUGACUUUCUUAACUUCUUCUUGUUGACUGCUGUGGAACUUCCAGCCUUUCCUUUGGCUUUAUUUCUCAUGGAGAAAAUCGGCCGACGGUGGUCCACCACGAUCUUCGUUCUCCUGACUGGAGCAGCAUGUUUAAUACCUUCUUUCCUCUCAAAAGAUAUGGGUGCCUCAGCCAUAAUUGUUUCGAUGGUCGGCAAAUUCGGAUCUGCAGCCGCGUUCACCGUCAUCUACCAACAAGCUGCUGAAUUAUACCCCACACCUGUGCGAGCCCUUGGAAUGGGCAUUGGGUCAGUUGUGUCUUCCGUAGCUGUGAUUUGCAUGCCAUACAUUUGCUAUCUGGGCAUUUACAACAAAGCAAUUCCAUUCUUGAUCAUCGGCGCUAUGUGCGUGAGCGCUGGUUUGACAGCCCCCUUGGUCCCAGAAACAGUUCGCAAAACAUUACCACAGACUAUUAAAGAUUCCGAAGAAUUCGGCCUCGGGAGAGGAUGCUUUCCAUGUUGCGGAUACGAAGAAAGAAAGAAUGAAAAUGAUCCUGAAAGCGCGGAGGUUGCUUAGAUUAUAAGUUGGAAAUUGUAUUCAACACGAACUUUGGAAGAUGCAGUUUCAUGCCAGAUGGAACAGCAGAUUUCUUCAUCCGUAUCUCUGUGGAAUUAACCCUUGGAAAGGGACUGUCCUCGGUCCUGCGAUCUUUAGAAGAGGUCUGUCAAGACAUCGCAAGCACACAUCCCUGCUAAGAAUUAUUGCUCAAAUUCGUUUUCUACACUGUGUAUAAAUCUUAUUUUCUUCAUUCCAUAGAAUAAGCUUACAAAGUUACUUGUUAUUGACGCAUGAAGUUAUUUGUUCAUAACUUUAUGCGCCAGGAUCAUUCAAAAUUAAACAUUGGAAAAAAGUAUUAAGGCAGAAAAAAAAAUGUUUAAUUUUGAUUGUCCACAUUUUUAAUCCUUUUUUUUUUUUUUUUUUUUUUUUUUUUUGCUAUCUAUUCAUCACAAAUUUUGAUAAAAUUUAAGAUGUUAUUUUACCAACUACGAAUUAACAAAGGCUUACUUAAAGUACAUUCUAAAUUUGCAAUGACAACUGAUAUGUUAAUAGAAAUCUGAUUUUAUUAGUAUUCUAUUUUUAACGACUCUUUUUUUUUAUCAAUGUGACGAUGUCAUUACUAAAAAAAUCAUUACUAAUUUUAAUAAAAUCCUGAGUAAUAAGGUAUAGUAAAAGUGUGUUACUGCACAAGUAUUAUCUGUUGAAUAUAUUUUAGUAUUUUAUGUUAUUGCUUAUUGUAGAGGUAUUAGAAUUCAGAUGAAUACAUAGAUUUAUGGUGUUAUGAGUAAAUGUUGAAUUUGUCAUUUCGUUGUAAAUAUUUGCAUUUUAUUUCAUAAACAAAUGUACAUUCAUUUUUUAAAUAAAAAAUUCAAUUUUUAAAUACACUUAAAAAUGCU